AUGCCGGGUUUGUUGCGGAAGCUCGUCAUCGUCGCCGCAGUCGACGGGCUGAUUCUGCACGGGCACGGCAUAAACGGACCCCGCCAUAACAAUGGCAGCAAUAAUGAGGCCUCUUCCAUCCGUAUCGACUACAAAACGAAUAAAAUCACUGCCCUGCCCGCUUCCACGGAGGAGUCACUAGAAGAUCGCGAUUAUUUGGAGGCCUACGGACUUGUCGGUCUGCUGUCUGUCGCGUCACACUCGUUUUUGGUCUCCAUUACGCAGCGCCAACAAGUCGCACAGAUUCAGGGCCGUCCUGUCUACGCUGUGACCAAUGUUGCAAUCAUUCCCGUCUCCUCGCAAGCGGAUGCCAACCGCGCAAUCACACAGGCACGGAAGGAGGUCUCACAGGGCGAUCCUGAUCUAGACUCUGACUCCGAAGACGAUAUUCCAGACCAUGUCACAGAUCACGGGGAGACGGAAAUUGGUAGUGCGCCGAGUUCGCCUAAUCGGCAGGCAACAUUCCAUACCCGCGGUGCUAGCGUUGGUAGCAUAGCGGAGGAUGUCAUUGGGAAACGGGUGCCAUUUGGUCGAUUUGCGGCUAAUUGGCUCUCACGGAGGAAUCUGGGAUUGCCGCGGCCUGGAGCGAUAACGCAGGAUGUGCCUGAGUCGCCCUUUGAUGAAACCUCUUCACCCGGGACGGCCACUCCAGAUGCUGAGUCGAAGGAGGAUGAAGCUGUGGAGGCCGCUUUACCUGAAGAUCAGAGAGAGGACAUGAAGCCUGGUGAAAAGGACGAGCUUCCUCGGUCUGGUCAAGCGUCUGACCUGUUGCCCAAGUUGCUGAAAUAUACGAAGCUACUUUUUGCGUCGCAUAAUUUCUUUUUUGCCUAUAAUUAUGAUCUGACGAGACCUUAUAAUGCCCAGGAAGCACGCACUGAACAACUUCCUCUUCACAAGGCUGUAGAUCCCUUGUACUUCUGGAAUAAACAUCUCAUGUUUACAUUCAUUGAAAAUGGUGCUCAUGGCUUUGUGAUGCCACUCUUGCAAGGAUUUGUUGGUCAACGAGAAUUUACAGUCGCCUGUCCUGAGCAAAAGCCAAAUUCUGAGUCUGCAGACGAAAAGCCGGUUGAAGCGAAAAUUCUUGGCGACAGCCAAGAGGCAGGCUCGGUGGAGACGGAAGUCUCUAAGCGCAACUUUCUGUUGACCCUCAUCUCGAGGCGGUCUGUCAAUCGACCUGGCCUCCGGUAUCUCCGUCGUGGCGUGGACGAUGAAGGAAAUACAGCCAAUACUGUCGAGACGGAGCAGAUUCUGUCCGGCCCUGACUGGGACCCUUCCAGCAAUGUCUACUCGUAUUUGCAAGUGCGAGGAUCGAUCCCCUUGUAUUUCUCUCAGUCCCCAUAUGCCUUCAAGCCCAUUCCGGCGCUGCACCACUCCGCUGAAGUCAAUCAGCUUGCAUUUGGAAGGCACAUUAGGGAAAUGAGCCGGAGAUACGGCAAAAUUCAGGCCGUUUCUUUGAUUGACAAGCAUGCGGGAGAACUGAAACUGGGCGAACAAUAUGAGAGAUACGCCGAUGUCUUUAAUCAGGCCGGUGGUGUUGAUGGCACACCACUGCGGUUGGAGUGGUUUGAUUUCCAUAACGAAUGCCGUGGAAUGAAGUUUGAGAAUGUGUCCCGUCUAGUCGACCGGGUGAAGGAGACACUGGAUGAAUUUGGUUAUACUAGCGUCAAGGACGGUGUAUCGUCGCUCAAACAGAGUGGUAUCAUUCGCACCAACUGCAUGGAUUGUCUUGACCGUACCGGUGUGGCUCAGUGCGCAUUUGGCCAGUGGGCUUUGGAGCGCCAGCUUCAAAAUGAGGGCAUCGCGAUUGACCUGGGUGGUGACUCGUCUACUCAGUGGUUCAACACUCUUUGGGCAGAUAACGGCGAUGCUAUUUCCAAGCAAUACUCGUCCACUGCUGCUUUGAAAGGUGACUAUACUCGCACGCGAAAGCGAGACUAUCGAGGCGCAAUCAAUGAUUUUGGACUCACUCUCUCACGGUACUACAACAACAUUGUGAACGAUUACUUCUCGCAGGCUUGCAUCGACUAUCUGCUGGGUAAUGUCACCCCGCACGUUUUCGACGAAUUUUCCAUUGGCUUGCAGACCACCGAUCCAGGCAUCUCGGUUCAAAAGAUCCGGCAGAAUGCAAUCGAUACCAGCUGCAAGAUCGUUAUCAGCAGUCCCUCCGAGGAGUUCCUUGGCGGUUGGACUAUGUCCACCCCCCGACAACCCAAUACGCUACGCACUCUUCCCUUCGAAGAAUCUGUCCUUCUUCUGACAGAUGCGGCGGUGUAUAGCUGCCGUUUCGACUGGGAGACCGAUAAAGUGCUCUCUUUCGAACGGAUUGACCUGCGCUCUGUAUCCCGUAUACAUUACGGAACAUACGUCACCUCCAUCCUAACAGAGAGCCAGUCGAACGAGCGCACCAACGUGGGCCUUGUCAUCGUCUAUCGCGAUGGUGAUGAGAAUCUCGUACGAGUCAACACCCGGUCCUUGCAAAGCAGUGUCCGUCCCGCCGCCCUCGAAGCCUCCAGCAGCUCCACGGGCGAAUGGGAUUUGGUUUCCUGGCUUCGUGGUACUAAGCGCGCCACUACACGAUUUAUCGCAUUCAAGUCUCUUCCACUAACAAAUGCGGGGACUAGCCCUCGCCUCGGGCCCACGACGGGUAAUGUUCGCGAACUUGAUCGCGUUCGCUCCAUCUGUUUGGAAAUCGAGCGUGCGAUGCUGGCGGGUGAUGGGCAGAACAAGGAUGCAACAUCUGUUGUUGAAGAGUCUGAUAUCAUUUCUUUGGCUGAUGCGAAGAAACGGACUGGAAUUUUGGAGUAUCUUGUUUAUGAUAUCAAGAAGAUGGUUUGGGCAUGA